UCCUCCCCGUCCAUUCAUCCUCCCCGUCCAUUCAUCCUCCCCGUCCAUUCAUCCUCCCCGUCCAUUCAUCCUCCAUCCUCCAUCCUCCAUCCCUUCAUCUUCGAUCUUCGAUCUUCGCUUUGUUCUUCCACUCUCUAUCCAACCUCUUCACUCACCUCCCGUUUCUCGCCCUCGCCCUCGCACUUUGACCGUCCCCUCCAAUUUCACCAUCACAGAUAGUCGACCCUCGAUUCUACUACUUCAUCGCGAUCGCAUCCAUCAGGCCCAACCCACCUGCCCAGAGUCUCGACCACAACCGAGCGCCAAACUUGCACUCCACCUCUGUCCGCACCAGCGCCUCAUUCGCCAAAUCCACAAAGAACACCAUCACAACACAUCCCACACGCUGAUAUACCCUCGCACCCUUUGUACCAACAUCCUUCGUGUCGUUGCUGUCGCUUCACCGCCCCAUUCAUACGACGCCCGACAAAUUACUCAACCAUUGCCUGGUCUGCGACAACAAUACCCUGGACCUGCUACGACACGCCACUUCCUCGCCUGACACGGCCCUCCUUCUUUGCUCUGCCGGCCAUGCAGAACUUGCUAUCCCCCUCUAAUUCAAUAUGAACGGGAACGGCGAAAGGCCUACAGUAAAUGGCGACCGCGUGCUCAACGGUCUUCAACGAACUGCCUCUGACACCGCUCAUUCCUCCCCGUCAAUAAAGAAUGAAAAAUCUCCACACCCUGUUGCCGCGAUCUCCCCCGGUCGCCAGCAGUCACGCCCGAACGGUGAUCUCCCUCGCAAGUCUGAAAAUGUUUCCGUGCCCGCUUCAGAAAAACUUUCAGACCCUCUCCUAGAUGCGCCGCAGGACAUUCUUCAACUCGUCCCAAGAGACAGCUACUUGCCUGUCGCAACGCUGAUCAAUCGCGCAACUCAGUCUUGUUGGAAUGGACUUUCUAGUCUUGUUCAGCAACUGGCCACUAUCCAAGUCCCCGACCGAACCGAUCCAGAUAGACCUCUGCCAAACGGCCAUAUCAACAAUCAAUCCGACGCAAACUUGCAAAAAAAGGAGCGUUUGAUGCGAUUUUGUUACGACCAGAGGAACGAUUUCAUCAAGCUUGCCGUGCUCCUCGACUGGAGCAAGAAUGUCGAUCAUGUUGCAAAGACCAUCUCCAUUAAUUACUGGCUGAUGCGACAACGCCAGGCCUAUUGGGACACUAUUGCCGCUGCCGCCAUCCUCAGACAAGAAGCUGCCGGAUUCCAAUUGCCAAACCCUGACCUAAAAACCGCCGCUGAAAUCCUUUCCACCGGCCGCUCUGCACAUCUCCCGACCUUCGGCUAUGUUCCGCAGAAACCUCUUUCCAACAAACAGAUUCUGUCCCUGUUAAAAUCUCUGAAUCGCAAGCUCACUGUCAAACUUGCUCUGAUCGACAAUCUGCCUCCUCAGCUCAAGUCAUACCAUGUUCAUGACGGCAGGGUCACUUUCACCGUGCCAGACAUGUUUGAAUUGGAUUUAUCCAUCCUAGACGACUCUGCAGACUCUCCAUUUCGCAUAGUCGACUUUCGCCUCACUUUCUCUCCCGCCCCAAAACUUUCCGACAAUCUGCGCUCCGAAAUCGAAUUGUGUUCUAAUUCAAACAUUGACCGGGACGGCAUUCAAGGCUGCUUCCUUUUUCUACAUGAACUGGCCCUUUCUUACAAACUCGCCGCCUACCAAAAACAGGCCGUCGAAUUGAGUCGCACCCACUGGGCUGGCAAUCUGCGUGUCGAGGUUAUCCGACGUAAUUUGAUAGUACAGUAUUGGACAGAAAAACCCAACUACAAAAGUUGGAUCGAGAUGGGAAUAUCAAGCGGCCGACAACCCAGCGCCAUGUCACCGGUCCCCGACCUUCCAUAUCUCGACAUCAAAUGGAUGCGCCAAGGCAAGAAAGUCCACAAUCUCGCUCUCAACGUCACUCAGUCGACGCUCCGUUUCGAAGACAUUCUGAGUCAAGUUGUUGCACAAGAUUCUACCUUGGUCAUUGACGACAUUUACAACAGCCUCUUAUUGACACCGCUAUUCUCCAACGCCGAGUUGUGUGUCCAGCAAAGAUUAUCAUAUACCGAUCCCAAUGAAUGCUCCCUCACCUUGCAACUCUUCCGGUCAACCUACCUUGAUCUCAGGAUUGACCCUGUCACAGGAUCGAUCGUCACCAGCCCAGUGUCGGAAAAGAGCGAACGAUUGCAAUUCGAGGUCAACCGAUCACAAGCACUGGCCUCAGACAUCUCCACUAAACUACUCAACUUUCGUGCCAGCAUUAUGGAAUCAGUCGUUCUUGCCGCAGUUGUGGGCACCCGAUGGGAGGUUAUGCGCGCCUUCAAGUUUACCCAGGUUGAAAUCAAGUCUCUGUUUGGUGGUCCUAUUGUCAAACUUGACAUGCUUCGACAGCCUCAGUGGGGACCGGACUACUUCCUGGCAAUUACUCACGCUCACAACGGGGAUUUUUGGCGCUUAUUACGCCAGAUCAGCCAUCCAGAGACCCACGUGUCCACUCACUUUUCCGUCAUCCUCUCACAGCGGAUCGAUGUCAACCAGGAGCUCACCCCUGCUUACUUUGAACGCCUGGCAGAUUAUACAACUGGCUUCAUUUCUCUGCGUCGCAGCGCGGAUUAUCUUGCCAAACUCACAGACAAGUACCAACUACCGCGAAUUCCAGACUUUGGUGAUGUUUUUGGGCUUCCUCAGAUAUCCUUUCCCUUGGACUGGGCACGGCCACGUACCGCCACCAGCUCAAGUAGAGAUGCAUCUGGAGUCUCUCGCGAUCGAGCUCGGACAGCUGCAAAUGUCAUCAACAUUCGCUUCGAGGGUGUUGACCCAUCUAGCAAAGAAGCAAUUUUCAUCGCCAAGAUGGAUACGAGUGCAAGCACAAACACGUUGCGCCAACUUGUCGACCCGUCACUUGACGAAAACGUGUUACUGAAUCCCGAAGAGCGUUCUGUCACAAUCAGGGCGACGUCGGCCGUCUCGGAUACGGCCAUCCCCACCAUUGUGACGACUGCAAUUCGCCUGGAAACUUUGAUAUCGACCAUUCAGCAGAUCCGCCAUCUCCCAGGGGUCAAACUGGAAUCACUCUCUUCUUCAGGGGUCUGUGUCUCCUAUUACAAAGCCUCUGAUACCGAGGAGCUCUCGGUCCGAAUUUCCUUGGGCAGCAAUGGCCAGCCCCCUCGACUCGAGUUCUCACCACCUGGGGAUAAUCCACAUGCCCUAUUAGCGUCACCAUACUCCAAAAUUCUGGCCAUGGAUGAUGGACCAACUUCGACCAAGAUCCGAGAUCUGUUCACAUCGUUAAUGAUGUCAUAUCCCGUAGUCUCUUUCCUGCACAAGCUGCAAAAGAGACACGGUGCUGUCGGUGAGACGCCAAGUACGGAGAAGGACGAUACGUUGAGAGUUCAUAUCCUUGCAAGAACAGUACAUCAGUUUGCCGUUCAAUAUUUUGCGACCCUGCCGCAGACGGCCAAAGACAUUGGGUCGGACCAACAACCGAGUCUCAUCGCAAGACUUGAAAUUCUACCUCAUACAGACAGGACUAGAAAAACGAUGUGGAUGGUGAGACCGGCAUUAGAGGAGUUCCAAGCUUAUGCCCGGCCAUCCUUUUCAGCCACUGCUCUCCGAAACAAACUUAGACAAGAGGUGUUGACUUUGACCGAUCCCCCUAAGCCGUGGCUCGCGUUGGAUAAUGCUGCAGCAUGUCUGACCGAUCAGCCAGAACCUUUGCUGUCAGCGGUUCACGACGUUCUGAGCACGUUCGUCAAGGAAGCGAACAGCACUCCGGUGCGGCCGGAAUCAACGAGCCAAUCAAGUGUGAAGCAAGGACCUGGUGGCAAUGCUUCUGCUGGAGGAGCCAAGGCCAAAUCUCAGAACCCAGCUAAUGUUACAACAGCCAGUCAAGGUCAAGGCCGGUCUGGGGGAAAGAUGCAAGUUCCUGGGGCUGGUCCGAAUGGGGUGAUGAAGCCAGCCCAGCAGCAACCACUACAAAACCAACGACCCAACAUGUCUCAGGGACGUCCAAUGCCCAACAAAUCUACGGGCAAAGCCAAUGCUCCAAACAACCAAGAUAAUCCCAUCACCCUCGAUUGAUCUCAGUACCCAUCAAUGUUCGAUGGCGCACAGAUGGAUCUCAGCGAGGAUUUCAAUAGAGCAUUGGCCUAAUGUAUCGACAAUUAAUACUAUGAUUAUGCAUGAUACCCUUUUUUGAAUCCGUGGACGACCGCAAGUGGGGAGAUUUCCGAGAGGGUACCUUAUGUGGAGGACACAAUCCAUGCAGCGCAGAUGGGAAUCUGCCAGUGUUGAGGAUCGAUGGCGACGCAAUUCAAGACCAUCGGCCAUCGGUUGAGCGUGUAGACCUGAUCAGAACUCGGGUUGUGAUGAAGGAAUUAAUUGUUCAUUGACCAGCUGCGAGUAAAGGUGUUGUUGUCUUUGUGUCACGUGUCCAAUGUUCAAUUGUAAAUCUUGCUUCCAAGCUUCCAAUAAAAAC